AGUCGUGCGGCUCGCUCCGCCGGGGAAGGUGGUGUGGUGACUGCGGGUCGGGUAGCUGCUGAACUGAUCGUAAGGCGUGCCUGAGGACUGAGGUGCUGUGAUGGUUGUGGUGUCAACGUGAUUAUGUGAACUUGGGACAAUGUUUGUGGACUGAAUAGUAGCAGUGCUCGAAAAAGGCGGUAGUUGUGGACGUCUGGACCCUCUUGGACUCUAUAGUGCACUUUUUAUCGUGUCUGAGCGAACUGUGACAACAGGGACGCUGUCUGCGCCUUUCGUGGCACCGUUUCUUGAACGGAUCGAUCUGUGGAAGACCAAACGAACCGGGAAACAGCUCCAUCUCCCGCAGACAGAUCGGAUAUCAACAUCGCGAGCCGGAAUAGUAAACCGGCGGACAUCUCUCUUCCAAUCGGUGAUCAAUCAGCCCGCUGACGGAGCGCUUUGAACAGCCGCCGACUCCGGGACCACGGUCCGCGCGGAGGAGCACGCGCACGACAGAGGCGUCGACCACGUCUGACACAGUUCGUCUGAGCGUGCCGAGAGAGGUUCGCGGCGUCAUGUCGGCGCUUCGUCGCGCUCCGAGCCGCGUGUACCACGGCUCUGACCCACCCUCCUGGCGUCGUCCGUUUGAUGACAUCCCUGAGUGCCCCGAGGAGGAGGACUGUGAGCCCAGCGAGCGAUCCGUUGCUGUGGGAGAUUGCCACUCUCCGAGCUACCGCAGUCACGACUCGGGGUUCUCCGACUCGAGUGACCAAGAGGAGCGGCGGCUCGUCAGCAGGGUUUAUGUGAACUGUCAGCCUUCCACGUUGGCGUCAUCGUCGCCAUCCUCUUCUACUGCAUCUGGAGAAGGUGCUGCUGCCGGACAGAUUCGACAUCCAAGCGGCAGUGAUGUUGCAGCUGCUGCCUCAGACGUUGACGCUGACGGAGCAGCAGGAGACGACGAUCGCGCUCGGUACGCCGAGCUGACUCGCCGCGCCGGCCGGAUGCUGUACAGUCGUGUCGGCGGCGACGUGACCCUGUCGCCGCUGCUGGCCCGUCGGCCGCACGUCAGCACGAUCCGCGUCGAGGACGACGGCGGCGGCUCGGGCGGCUGCGGCCCGGUGUCGGUGGCCGUCAGCCAGCCGCCGCGCCGCCGCUGGUCGCUGGCCGAUGUCGGACCGGGUGAUGGGGACGAGGUGGGCGAGCUGAUGUCGGGGCUGGAGCCGGGCCCGGGUGGAUGCCGCAGCCUGCCCCGGAGGCACACCACGGUCAGCACGUGUCGCCAGCAGCUUCGGGCGGCCACCGUCAGGAACCGAGCGGUGAGGCAGUGGCUGCAGGAUCUGGGCACGCUCUGCGAGCCAGAGUGCUCCACCACGCUGCAGUCCAAGUCGCUCAUCAGUGACGUCACCCGACUGAUUCAGCUGAUGACUGAUGACGUCAGCAGCAGUCUGCGGGCCAUCCAGAUGGCGGCCAAGGCGGUGUCGCAGGCAUUCGCCGUUCUUUGCCGCCGCCUGGAGACGCUGCCUGCGGCCGAGCUGCGGGCGGAGGUGGAGCGCCUGCUGGGACUGGUGGACCGUCUGAGCUGCGUGUACCGGCCGCCGGCGGCCGCGCUGCGCUGCCGACAGCUGCGGCCGCUGCUGGCCGCCGAUCUGGAGCCGACGCGCGCCGCCGUGGCCGCCGCCGGCCGCCGGCUCCUGACCGCCGCCGAGCCGCCGCAGCUGGUGGCUGCGGUCACCCAGCUGGGCGGCGCCAUCACCCAGCUGGUGGACCAGCUGCUGCUGCAGCAGCUCCGCCUGCUCACCGAGGCGCUGCGGCCGCCCCAUGUCCUCAGCUGCGCGCGCGCCGCGCUGGCCGCGGCCACGGCGGCCGGCGCACAGGGCUGCCACCUGAGCGGCCUGUUCUGCCGGCUGGGCGGCGUCCGUCAGCUGGUUGGCAUGGCGACCGACGGACGGUUCGCGCCGCUGCAGCUGCACGUGCUGCGCGCCCUCUCUGCGGUCUGCUGCGCCGUGCCCUGUGUCCGCGCCAUGGAGGAGGAGGGCGGCGUUGACCUGGUGUGUGAACUGCUCUGCGACCUCUCCAUCCCGGGCGGGGUGCGGCACGAGGCGGCGGCCGUUCUCGCCCAGAUGACGGCGCCCUGGCUGACACCCAACCACUCUGUGCACGGCCUGGCACGCCACCUGGCUGGGGUAGUACAGGCGCUCACAGACCUGGCGGAGGACGCUGCCGAUGACGAGGUGCUGCUCCUCUCGGCCGCCGCUCUGGCCAACCUGACGUUUAUCGAGCGGCAGGUGUUCCCGCAGCUCACGGCGCGCUGCACGGCUCAGAAGCUGAUCACCGCCGCCGACAGAUUCCCCGAUAACGUCUUCAUUUUGGAUCAGGUGUCCACGGUGCUAGCCAACGCAGCCAGCGUCGGGGACUCCUGCCUGGGCCGGCUGGCGGUUCCGGCGCUGAUCCGGUACCUGCACGUGGCGCCCACUGCGCGGUGGGCGGACGGCGCCCGCGCCGCCUGCCGCCGCCUCCAGCAGAAGACAGCCGUGGCUUUGACGCGGUUCUGCGUGGACCGGCGCACGGCCUGCCACCUGGUGUCGAGCGGCGGAACUGCGCGGCUGGAACUGCUCUGCCGCCAGCCGGAGCUGCGGGGACGGGAUGACGGUGUGCUGGUGGCCUGUCUGACGGCGCUGAGGCGGAUCCUGAGCUUCUGCCCGGAGCAGACGCAGCAGCAGACGGGCGAGCUGGUGCAGCCCAAACUGAUGGACGUCUUCCUACAGCUGUCCUCCGGAGAGAGCGACGACGAGCGACGGAGGUGACUGAAGCUGUUAGUCAUCACGGGACAAUACGAACACCUUCUUCACGCAGUCAUUGAUGACGUCGCCUCACCACCGAUGACGCGUGUCCGGCAUCAGAAGCCAAUUGACGUCAUCGCCAACCACUUGUCAUUGUGAUCUGAAUGUGUGUGAUUUUACCUUGAACGCAAAUAUAUGGAACAUGACGUA